AUGUUAUCAACGUUGCCUACACAUAAUCCUAUUGAAAAACUAGACAAUCGGGAACAAAUUAAAAAUGAUGAAAAAGAAGUUAUCAUUCUGGAUUCUGAUUCACUAAUUGAAAAUAUGAACACUGAUAAUGGUGAGGGUUCUUACACUGAAUAUAUUGAUACAUCGAGUACCUGUGAAAAAGAUACUACCAACAACGGAAAAUCAUCUCCCUCUAAUUCACUUAGAGGGGAAAGGAUAGUUAAUGAACCUUUAUCAAUUAAUACUUCACUUGAUCCUAUAGACAUAGUUAGUUUAACUGAUUCUAAUUCAUCAUUUAAUUCUCUAUUAGACUUUGAUAACACUGCCGGGGUCAAAAAAAAUGAUACCCCUUUGUUUUCUUCUACAAAGGAUAUCAAAAUAUCCCAAAAAUUAGCUACCAAUAAUAGUUUUCCUUCCGCACCUUUUAAGGCAAAAUCUGACACUUAUUUUGAAGAUAAUACUGGAGACGUUAGCAAUAUAUUUCAAACUUUAAACCGUAUAUCUCAGGAGACCAGUCACACUGAUACUUCAAAUGAUAAAACAACAGCCUUUGAUAGUAUUCCAACUGUUGCUGACAAAAUUAGUGCCACUAACAAUAAUGAUGUGAUUAAUACUAAGACGAGUACAGAAUCUGUAUUAGAUUUAUCACAUUUAUAUUUGAUGAAAUCAAAGAAUAAGGAUCAAUAUUUAACAUACACAAAUGAAUCUAUCGCUGAUUUAAAUCAUAAAAUUAUAAAUCAUUAUUUAGGUGACAAUAAGUGUAAUUUGGUACCUAGGUUGAAAACAAUUAUGCUGUAUAAGGAAAAUGUUAAAAAAUCCAAGGAUCCUAAUUUAUUAUUUGAAUAUGCUCAAUAUAUGUUACAAACAGGUUUAAGCAUUAAAACUGAUAACAAUAACAGUAGUAAUAAUAAUAAUACUAGUAAUACUAGUAAUAAUAAUAAUAGUAAUAAUAAUAAUAAUAAUAAUAAUAAUAAUAAUAAUAAUAAUAACAAUGAUAAUAACAAUAACAAUAACUCUGAUGAGACUAAUAAAGACUUUGGUGAGACUGAAAAUGAUACAGAACAAGUAAAUGAAAAAGAAGCACAAAAACAAGAUAUCAGGAUUGUUGAUUCUUUCAAGAUUAAAUAUAAAGAUGAUGAUAUGAUAAAAAGUAGUAGUAAUGGCAAUAUCAACAAUAUGAAUCGUAAUUCAUCAAGUGAAUCUGACUUUAGUGAUAUAAAUACUAGUAGUAAAACAAAAAGUAACUCAAAUUUAUUGCUAUCUUCUUUAAUAUCACAAAAAUCGUCGACACUUUCAACUAAUACAUCUUCACUCUCUAAUUUUGAAGACAUAGCUAUAAAUUACACAAAUUCACACAGUAAUACUGUCACAGCUAAUGGUAUUGACAAUAUUUUUAGUUUAAAAGAACAAUUUUUAAAGGAAGCAACUCAUUAUUUAAAAAAGCUAUCGCUCAAGGGUUAUAUUAACGCACAAUACUUACUAGCAGACUCAUAUUCUUCAGGAUGUUUGGGCAAAAUUAAUAAUAAAGAGGCGUUUGCCUUGUUUCAGGCAGCUGCUAAACACGGUCAUAUUGAAAGUGCAUAUAGAACCGCACAUUGUUACGAAGAAGGUUUAGGAACAAAUAGAGAUUCGCACAAAUCUAUUGAAUUUUUAAAAUUCGCUGCAAGUAGAAAUCAUCCAUCAGCAAUGUUUAAAUUAGGACUAUACUCUUUUUAUGGAAAAAUGGGAUUACCCAAUGAUAUUAAUACCAAGCAAAAUGGGAUUAAAUGGUUAACAAGAGCAGUUGGCAGAGCCAAUCCGUUAAUUUGUGCUGCUCCAUAUGAGUUAGCCAAAAUCCAUGAAAAUGGGUUUCUAGAUUUAAUAAUACCCGAUGAAAAGUACGCAAUAGAUUUAUACAUUUUAGCAAGCUCUUUAGGUCAUACUAAAAGUUGCACAGAAUUGGGCAAAAUUUAUGAAAAUGGCAAUAGUGUUGUCGAACCCAACAGCAUCUUAAGCGUUCACUAUUACACUACUGCUGCUCUUCAAGACGAUCCCGAGGCCCAACUAUCAUUAUGUGCAUGGUAUUUAAUAGGCGCGGAACCUGCUUUGGAAAGGGAUGAGCAUGAAGCGUUUUCAUGGGCUUUGAAAGCUGCUAAAAUGGGUUAUCCUAAGGCGCAAUAUUCUCUAGGAUAUUUUUAUGAAAAGGGGAUUGGUACUUUGAAGGAUCUAACCGAUGCUUUUAAAUGGUAUGAAAGAGCAGCUAAAAAUAAAGACCCUAGAGCUUUAAAAAAAUUAAAAAAAACUGAAAAUCAAGUAUUUGCAUCUACUGAAAAGUUUUCCAUUAAAUUAAGUAAUUUGUUAAGCAGAAAUUCUAAAAUUGUUGGUGGGAACACGUAUAAUUAUAUCACUGACCAGGAUAGCGAGAAUAAUAAUUGUGAAACAUCUAUUGAAAAGCAUCAAGACAAAACCGUUAUUGAUAUUAUAGACAAAAAUGAUACGUCCGAUGACGAACACAAUAAUGAUGGAAUAUCCACUGAGCUUACAUCAAGCGAAAAAGAACUUAGGAUCACUAAUAAUACUGAUAAAAAUCCUCACAUUAACAACCAUCAGCCUCCUUCAUCCUCAAGCACAAGUGCUAGUUCAGGUUCAUAUAAUACUGCUGAUCAAAAAUUAUCAUAUGAUAAUGAGUAUGAUAUACCAAGAGAUGAAACUAUUAUCGCUAGUGUUAAUAACAUAAACUCUCUAAACCCUCAAACAAACAGUUUUGCAAAAGUUAAUAUUACCAAUACUCGAAAUGACAAAAACAGUAGUGAUAGUAAUCAGAAUGCUUUUCAUUAUUCCAUCACUAACACUAUUUAUGAUGCUGGAAAUACUAGUAACACAGACAGUUUCGAAAAAAUAGGUUCAGAACCAAAUUUUGUUUAUACCGUUGACACAAACAAUAAUUACAUAAAUGAGAAAACACUAAAUACACCUUUACCGGAAGUCAACCUAGCACAAACUAAUAGCAAUUCUAGUUCUGAUCAAAUGAGUGGGAAUAACCAGACUGUGGGCACUAAUACUACUGCAAUCACCCCACCACUGCCUUCAAAUUCUUCAAGUAGUGAUAGUUUAGGAAAAUCACCCAAAUCUUCAUUUAAACUGAUGAAAAGUUUUAAAAAUAAUUUCAAGAAUAAUAAAUUAACUAAGGAACUGAACACCCGAAAAGAAAAAAAUGAUUGUCUUAUCAUGUGA